AUCAUCCACUAACGUAUAACCAUGACAUCAGCUAUAUUAUCAGGUGUAUAAAUACACUCUCUCCACUGGCUUUAUGCAUUCUUACUUUCAAUUCCAUGUUGGAGCUUUCAGUUACAUUUUGCUCAGGCCAUUUCAUUUGGUAUUGCCAGUAGCACCACUGAAUUCAUUAAAGGUAUGGAUACAAAAGCCUUGUUGUACAUUCUGGUGACCAUUUCUGCAUGUGGAGGAUUGACGAUUCCUGGAAGAGCAACACAAGAGGAGGCAAAGCACUCUAGGAUCCUGCCCCUUCUGCCAUCCCCAAUCUGGAAGAGUUAUGCUCAGAACAAAGUUGAAUUCUUCCAACAGCAUCUAAAGAGUGACGCCAAAAAUUCGGCAUCUUUGUGUGUGUCAUCUUUAAGAGGGAUUAGUGUUCAUCCUCAAAGUAAACUCCUUACAGAAACACCUAAGGAGAAGGGUGGCCUGGCUGUUAGGCCUCACAAUGUCUAUUCCAACUGGGUAUCAAGAAAAGUGUCUGAUAAAGUAUCACAUGUCAGGAAAGUCACUGGCAAAUCGGACAAUCUUUCUGAGACAGCCCCGGAGUCCCUGAGGAAUCUUCUGAGUAAGCUGAACCAAAAGCUCCCUCUAAACCCAGAACAAGACUCCCAAGACUGUUCCAAAGUGUGUCCAGCAAGUGAGGAGUUCUUGCCCUGCCAGUGUGACCCAUGCUCCAAGAUCAUCAACUGCUCUGCCGUUACGAAUCUGAACCAACUACAGGAGCUCUUUCACACAGUCUCCUUUCCUAUACAAAAUUACACCACAUUCCUGAUGAUACAAUAUGAAUUCCCUUCAGUGAAGAACCAGACCUUACUCACAGACAACCUCUUUGGUGGAGUUUCUUUCACUAAUAUUGUAAUUGAGAAUACUCUUGUGGAGAAUAUAGCAGCCAAUGCCUUUGCUGGAAGUGAGGGGACACUCGAGGAAAUCUCCUUGCAGUAUAACAUUCAUCUUCAACACUUCCCCUUUGAACAGAUGGUUCACUUCACAAGUCUCAAAACCUUGAGAAUUGCGGGCAGCAGCCUCUCAAGCAUCCCUGUCCUCAGCCGUGUCCCUCAUCUAAAGAAUCUUUACCUCAAUGAGAACAAAAUUACAAGCAUUUCUCCAAUGGCCUUUGCAGAUCUACCAGCUUUGGAAGUGCUUGACAUUGGACUGAACAGACUAGAGACAAUCAAUGCACAUACAUUUUACUUAUCUGCCAAGACUGUCCUGGUCUUCCUUGACCACAACUGCAUAAACUCCAUUGAAGAAGAGGCAUUCAGCAAGGAACAGCCAACAAUCUUGGACAUUUCCUAUAACUACCUGCCUGUUCUCGAGGAGACUAUUUUUACGCCAAUCCUUGACAGUGUCAUGAGCAGCGAUUUUGAUGGCUACAUUAAUGCUGAGGAGAACCCUCUACACUGCAAUGACAUUCUCUGGCUCCAGCAGUAUCCAACCUAUUACUUGUACCUUUUCCUGUCUGGGCCUGGUUGCUGAUCCU